UUUUUCUCGGUCGGAAUAAUCUACGGUCAAAGCAAAAGCACACAUAUGGAGAUGAUUUCGCCACGUGGACGAUAAUCCACCACCGAUCCGUUGCAGAUGUCACUAGCUAGUUCCCUCGCUUCGGUUUCGUAAUUCAAUCUUUCAACAAUCUCUGAAACGCAUCAAUGGGGAAAGACGAUAAUCCGAGUCCAGGUGAGACUGGAGCGGCGGUGACAGAUCCGGCAAGGGAAUGCGAGGGAAAAGGAGCUUGUGAAUUCAAACAGACUCGUUGCGCUGAUACAAUCAUGCCUCAUAUCCUCAACUUGUAUGGGGCAUGUGCAAAAGCCAACGACUUUGACAUGUACGCGCCAAAUGCUUCUUUUGAGGACCCUUUAACACAUGCUCAAGGGGUGAAGCAAAUCAAAUCAGCAUUUUACUCAUUAGCUAAGGUGUUUGGUGAGUCGAAGAUAGUUGAAUACCAGGUUCAAGAAAGUGAUAUCGCACCAGGGAAGAAAGAGAUACUAAUCGACAACAAACAACACUACAAGAUCAUGGGAAAGGACAUAGAUAUGAUCUCUCUCAUUAAACUCUCUGUUGAGAACGGGAAGAUUGUCCGACACGAAGACUGGUGGGACAAAAAACCUCUGAGGAACAGAGACACGGUUAGCUUCCCAUUAGUCGGUCGGUUUAUGGAGAUGGGUCGUAGAGGCAUGAUGCUAGCUACUCAUGCCAUGAUGGGUUUUGGUAAAGAUCCUGACUCACACUGAAUAAAGAAGAUUCAUGGGGAACAGAAACAGUUAUAUUAUAUAGUGUCUAGGCUCCUCAAAACACUCCUUCUAUCUGUUUGGUUUGGUUUGGUUUCGGUUUUGUUUUAUAUAUGUAAUAUGUUAAACGUGUGUUUGGUUAUAUUAGUCACCAAAAUUCUCCACAA